UGAUAGAGUCUGUAUUGUGAGUGUCCUAACUUAAACUCAGUUUUUAUAAUUUUUGCUCUUUCUCUUCAAUAACUCUCUCGUCACAUCAGCAAAAUGCUUAAAUAACACUAUAAUUAAUGUCUAUAGAGUUUGUGCACGACGCCUUGGGAGUGCCUUUAUCUUCACAGGACAGGGAAGUCCGAAACCGGGAUGCUGGUGCCGCGGCCUUGCCGAAAAGAUUCAGAGAGCAGAGUGCGCCGGUGUGCAUUGUCGACUUGCCGGUUGGUUGGCUGGUCAAAAAUUAAAAAGAUCGACGGACAGACGAGUAGACGGCCGGACUUUUACAGUCUUUUCAAGUAGCCGAGGUCCGAACAAUCAAAGAAAGGGCUUUCAAGAAAAAGGAGGCCCGGAAAAGAGAGGAGCGCCCGCCGCUGCCAUCAAGGCUGUCACGGGGACCGCGCGUGGCGUGGGUGGCAGUGGGAGUGGGAGCGGGAGCGGGAGCAGUUGCUGCUGCAACGGUCACUUUGCUGGCCGCUGCCUUUGCUUGCCGCAACAAUGGCAAUGGCUUUGCCGCCCCCCGACCCCCGCCAGCUCACUCAUCAAUUCACACUCUUCCAGCUUGCUUGCCCAUCUCCCCCAAACAUCCGCGACGCCGCGUUCCUAGGCAUGAUAAAAACUCGGACCCGUAAAUCGAUUACUGUGAGCUCUUCCAAGAAACCGUACAUCAGACCUUGUCGAAGAAGCUGGCUGGCUCCGCACUGCACUGCACACGUACAGAGGAUACGGGUCACUGAGAGGGCACUGUCCCGAUGGGGAAGAAGCGAGCGGCGGCCGUGAGUGCUCCUGCUGCUGUCCCGUUCCCGGCGCCCGCCGCCGCGCCGGAGCCGGAGCCGAACCACUUCAGCGACUACGGCUUCGACCCGCAGCUCCUCCACUUCUUCUCCCAGCCUGAGGUGAAGCGGCUGUGGGGUAGGCGCCAGCGCCACUACCAGCAGCCUGCGCAGUUGAAGCCCCUAGAGUCCGCACGGUUCAAGCUCCAGAAGCCCAUCUCCAAGAAGCUCCACCACCACCACCGCCCGCAGAAGCAGCAGCAGCGGCGCCGGUGGUGGAGCUCCGCCGCCUCCGCCGCGCUGCAUCUCUUCAAGAAGCGCCCCUCCUCCUCCACCACCACCAGACCCGCACCCGCCGCAGCUCCGACUCCAUAUCCCCCGUACGGGUCGACCGCCGCGCCUCUGUACCUCGCCGACUACGACGCUGCCGGCGGGGACGACGACGACGGCGGCGCGGCCGCGUGCACGUGCUGGGCGCCGGCCGUGCGGUCCGGAGGCAGCCGCCUGGCCGCCGCCGAGCUCGGCGCCGCCGCAGUGGCGGUUCCCUACGUCAGCCUCAGGUCCACUAGCAGCCUCGCCGGCGCUCGUACUACUGGAGGCGCUCCAGUGAUGCCCAUCUACCUCGUGACGUGACCAGGCUGAAGCUUGGCUGCCGCAAUGGCCGACGCGGAUGUUCCUUCGGGCUUCGGCCUUCCUUUGCCGGGUUUCUUCUUCAGAAGCUUGGACCAAAUGUCAGUAAAUUAAAUUAAAUUAAAUGUAUCCAGAGAGCGCGUGGACUAGUCGGUCAAACGGUCAAAUAUCAGCUGCUUCUAGAAUGCUUCCUUCCUCGUUUUCUUCUUCCGUUCCGUCUGGUGGGAGUAUUUUGCAGUUGCAGCUGCUGCGUUUUUCUUUCAAAUUCAUUGCUUCGAGAAAGUUGUUGGCUCCUACUCCUAUUUGAAAAGUCUAAAGCUUUAGCUUUGUUCAGUUUUGUGUUGAACAUUAGGUUAACAUAUAAUAGAUUAUUAGUCUUA